CAUGGACCCUGUGCAGAUUGCGGUCAUUGGAGCUGGUGUGAUAGGGCUGUCUACUGCUGUGUGCAUUUCCCGGUUGGUCCCCCGAUGCUCCAUUACCAUCAUCUCAGACAAGUUUACUCCUGAGACCACCAGUAACGUGGCAGCUGGAAUUCUUAUUCCUCAUGCUUAUCCAGAUACACCUGUUACCACGCAGAAGCAGUGGUUUAGAGAGACCUUCGAUCAUCUGUCUGCAAUUGCUAGCUCUGCAGAAGCCGCAGAUGCUGGUGUUCACCUGGUGUCUGGUUGGCAGAUAUUUCGGAGCAUUCCUACAGAAGAAAUACCAUUCUGGGCUGAUGUCGUUCUGGGAUUUCGAAAGAUGACCGAGGCUGAGCUGAAGAGAUUCCCUCAACAUGUGUUUGGUCAGGCUUUUACAACCCUGAAAUGUGAGAUGUCCGCCUACCUCCCGUGGUUGGAGAAAAGGGUAAAGGCAAGUGGAGGCCUCCUACUCACUAGGCGAAUAGAAGACCUGUGGGAACUGCAACCAUCGUUCGAUGUAGUGGUCAACUGCUCAGGCCUGGGAAGCAAACAACUUGUGGGAGACUCCAUGGUUUCCCCUGUAAGGGGCCAAGUGCUCCAGGCACAGGCUCCCUGGGUGAAGCACUUCAUCCGAGAUGGGAGUGGGCUGACAUAUAUUUACCCUGGUGUAUCCUAUGUAACCCUGGGAGGAACCAGACAAAAGGGAGACUGGAGUCUGUCUCCAGAUGCAGAAAUUAGCAGAGAGAUUUUGUCCAGGUGCUGUGCUCUUGAGCCAUCCCUCCACAGAGCCUGCAACAUAGAGGAGAAAGUGGGCCUGAGGCCUAGCAGGCCAGGUGUGCAGCUACAGAUGGAACAGCUAGUCCGAGGGGAACGGAGGCUGCCUGUGGUCCACAACUACGGCCACGGGAGUGGGGGCAUCUCAGUGCAUUGGGGCUGUGCUGUGGAGGCCACCAGGCUGGUAAGUGAAUGUAUUCAGACCCUCAGGACCCCAGGUACUACAUCAAAGUUGUAGAUGAACAUCAAAUGACAGCAAAUAGCCCCAGAUACUAUUGAUCAAAGCACAAUGUAAGGUCCAGAACAGGUUUAAAUGACUUUUUGUUGUAUGAAAGUUGAAUUAGACAUUGCUUUUAAAAUUAGAAAUUAUGCAAUAUGUAUCAGUAGACUUUGAAAGUUUGCUGCUAAUGGCAUAGAGCAUAGGGCUCCAUUUUUAUUUAAAAUAUCUGUUAUAAAAAUUUUUGGAAUAUAGGAUAAUAUUUCUUUGGGAUUUAAUGACUAAGGAUCUAUGCUAAUUUAUAUGAAUGAUGAAAGCUAUAGGAAUUUUUAUAUCUUUAGCUCACAAAUUCACAAGAGGAGCUAAUAUAUGGAAAACACUUGACUCCUUGUCAGUUGUAGAACUAUGCAUGACCCUCAGGUUAUAUAACCAAAUAAGUAUUAUAAUCCCUCUAAACAAGAUCACGUGGUUAUCACACAGUGCAGACCCACUGUAUUUAAUUGAGUGCAAAGCACAGUUACUGCUAGUAUAGGGUCAGCAUCUUCCUCCCCUCAGCUGGUAAUGGUGGUAGGAGACAGGUGAAGUUUCCUGCGAAAGUGGCAUCAGUUUGGUAGCUAUUUAGAUCUGUCACAGUGUAAAUCUUGUGAUCAAGUACCUAACAGAAACAACUUAAAAGAUUAAUUUUGCCCAUGGUUUCAGAGGUGUGAGUUCAUUAUGGCAGGAGGGCAUUGUAGAACAGAGCUGUUCAACUCCUGGAAGCAGAGUGAAGCAGGAACAGGAAGGGCCAGGGCAAGAUGUAGUGACCUACUUCCUCCAACCCGUCCUCUCCUACAGUUCUACCUUCUCCUCGUAGCUUACUCAAAUACUGAAUCCAUCAAUGGAUUAAGCCACUGACUAGGUCAUCUCUCUCUAGAAACACCCUCGCAGUCCCACCCAAGGCACACUUUGCUAAUCUCCUAGGCCAUUCUUAAUCUAGUCAAGUUGGCACUCAUGAUCAACCACCACAGUCAUCUAUGGUUGCAUAUUUCAUUACCACAAAUGAUUGAGAGCUGAAUUACUUCAUGAAUGAAUUUGCCUAAGCAUUAAAGAUUGAAGAGUAUAUUCGGCCAAGGAACUAAUUUGCUAAUUGAGAUGGAACAACCAUUUUGACGUAUAACAAAAAAUAUUCUUCAUGUUGUUAAAAAAGUAUUAGGGAGUAAGGAGCACUGGGGGUGGUGGCUGUAGUCCCAGCACUUGGCAGGCAGAGGCAAGUGGAUCUCUGUGAGUUCAAGGCCAGCCUGAU